AUGCAGCCCAAGUUCUACAACGUCAUCAACGAUGAGCUGCGCGGCGCCGAAAAGACGCACCAAGUGACCGACCCAAGGACCGAGGAGGAGUUAUGGCCAUGCCCGACUGCCACAAUCGCCGACUUUGAGGAUGCCGUCGCCGCCGCCCAGGCCGCCUUCAAGACAUGGUCCAGGACCACCGUUGCCGAGCGUCAAGCUCUGCUGGUGAAGAUGGCAGACGUCUUUAAGGAGCACGCUGAGGAACUCUCCAGCAUUCUGGCGAGAGAGUCGGGAAAAUCGAAAAUAAUGGCCGACAUUGACAUCCGGGCCAGCAUCGCCCAGACACUCUACUACUCCCAAAACGCUCUCCAAGACGAAAUCCAGUACGAAGACAACCACGCGAAAGUCGUGGCCACUCACAUCCCUCUCGGCGUGGUCUGCGCCAUCUGCCCCUGGAACUUCCCUUUAAUCCUCAGCAACGUCAAGGUCGUCUCAUCCCUCGUAACAGGCAACUGCGUCAUCGUCAAACCCUCCCCUUUUACCCCGUACGCCGUCAUGAAGUGGGUCGAGCUCAGCCGCGGGAUCUUGCCCCCAGGCGUCUUCCAAGUCCUCAACGGCGGCGCCGAGCUCGGCGCACAAAUGACUUUGCACCCGGGCGUCGCCAAAAUCAGCUUCACGGGCACCAUCGCCACCGGAAAACGAGUCAUGGCGAGCUGCGCAAAAACACUCAAAAAGGUAACCCUCGAGCUGGCGGGCAACGACGCGUGCAUUGUCUGUGCCGACGCCGACCUGGCCAAGACAGUCCCAGCUGUCGCCAGCGGGGGGUUCUUCAAUGCCGGCCAGGUCUGCGUCGCGAGCAAGCGGAUCUACGUCCACGAGAGCAUCUACGACGAGUUCCUUGACAGGCUGGUGCAAGAGGUUGAGCGGUCCUACGCUAUUCAGGAGGACCCCGCCGCCCCGAGCCUGUUUGGCCCCGUCUCCAACAAGCUGCAGUUUGACACUGUUAAGGGCAUCAUUGAAGACUGCAAGAAGAACGGGUACAAGAUUGUGACCGGCGGCGAGACGCAGCCUCGCAAAAAGGGGUUCUGGCUGCCCCCGACUAUAGUCUCCAACCCGCCUGAGGACUCGAUCCUUGUUCAGGAGGAGCAAUUCGGCCCGAUCCUCCCGAUCCUAUCCUGGACCGACGAAGAUGACGUGAUUGCCCGCGCGAACCUGGCCAACGCCGGGCUGGGCGCGUCCGUGUAUUCAUCCGACCUGGCCCAGGCCGAGCGCAUCGCCCGGCGGCUCGAGGCCGGCGGGGUGUGGAUCAACCAUCCCGAACGGCCGAAUUUUGGCGCCUUCUUUGGUGGUAUCAAGGACAGCGGGUUUGGCGGUGAGAUGGGCAGGCAGGGGUUGCUGUCGUAUGUGUAUACCAAGUGUUUACAUUUCAAGAAGGAUUGA